AAACUGCCGGGGUCGCCGCCGAGGAUUAAGGCUAAUUUGUAGAGCAGGAUCGCAGGUGGGCGAGCCAGGUGUCGUCUUGAAGGGCCGUCCGCGAAGUGGUAGCUUAAGAGAGAGGCAUGUAGAACAGUUGGCGGGUAUGCCGGGGGUGGACUGACCCCCGCCAUGGUGGCAGAGCCGCCCAAGCAUGAGGGGGACCCCCAUUCCUCCAAGGACGACCUUCACAACCAACUACCUCACAAGGGGAACGUUGCAGGAAAGGAGGCAGCGCCAGCGGGCCAGCACGUCUUCCCUGGCCACCAUGGCCCCCUCGCUCUAUCGUCUUCCGUGUCGGGCAGGAACACACCACAGCAGGAUUGCGACGAGGAGGAGCCCGUGCCGGCCGCUCGCCAGGCUGCCGCAGGGGCGCGCGUGUACGGCGGGGGACAACCCAGUGAACAAGUGCCUGUCGGAAAGGAUUCAUCAGACGCCAGGCCUCGCCAGAUGACGGAGGUCCCCUCGGACGAUAUGGGGGCGUGGAGACGGCCUCAGCGGUCCUGCAGAAGGAGGCGUGCACUCUGGUCGUGAGACGCCGAGGGGGAGCGACUCGUGCUCAAAGCUUCCCGACGGCUACGCGGUUCGCCGGGAGCAGGAAAGUCGCGGGGGCGCCGUCAGACGGAAAAGCUUCGACGGCGGCGACGGGAAGAACGCGAGGGGCGCGGGCCUCAUGGCGAGACCGAGCGCGCGGAGUGUAAGCAACGUGUCUAAGGGCGCCGUGGGCCGGGUGAGCGAGGCGGAGCUCAGGCCUCGAGGAGGAACUCUCCCAGAUCUCAGCGACUUCGAGCGCGUGUGGGAGGCCGGACCCGAAGUGAUUGUCAAACUCGCUCGUCUUGCGUCGGCGGAAACCCUGACGCCCACCGAAGGGUAUACGCCUACGCCCACACGCACGCUCGACUCCCUGGCGGAGAGCCGGAGCGUGUCAACCGACCCAAGUGCCUUUCAAGAGACUCAGGAGACUCCGCACCGACACGCAGACGAAGUCGAGGACUGGCCGCGGAGGGAUGACGGCCUGGUGGGCGCUGUGGGCGGCGGGGGGCGCGCUUGUGGCUGCGGGGUGCAGGUGGGCGGCCUGGACGAGGCGUGUGGGAGAUGCCCCUCGUGCCCCGCCCUCACCGACGUGUACGUGAGUGAGCAGUUCCCAUCCAGCGACCCACUGGAGUGUGUGGAUGGGUCCACUCACACGCUGCACGUGGACGUGACGACAGGCGAGGUCAAGUGGCGGGUGGCCGAGCCCGACGGCAAGAUGCCGCCGCCCGAGCCGCCCCUCGAUCCCUCCAAGUGCCUGGACAUGCCGCCCCAGAGGCCGCCCGCGCCCACAACCAGCGGGGAAGCCGAGUCGCAGACCAGGAAGGAGUUCACAUGGAGCUCGGGCAUCGGCGAGGCGAGUGUGUAUCAUGCACUGGUCGUGAUCUUCCUGGAAUUCUUCGCGUGGGGGCUGCUCACCAACCCGAUGAUCACCGCACUGAACAAGACUUUCCCGGAUCACACCUUCCUCAUGAACGGCCUCAUUGUGGGGAUAAAGGGUUUGUUGUCAUUCCUGAGUGCCCCCCUGAUCGGCGCCUUGUCUGACCUGUGGGGUCGCAAGUUCUUCCUGUUCAUCACCGUGUUCUUUACAUGUCUGCCCAUCCCGUUCAUGAAGAUCAACACAUGGUGGUAUUUCGCCCUCAUCAGCAUGUCGGGGGUGUUCGCCGUCACAUUCAGCAUCGUGUUCGCCUACGUGGCCGACGUGACCGACGAGGCCGACCGCAGUAGUGCCUACGGCCUGGUCUCGGCCACGUUCGCCGCCAGCCUCGUCACCUCCCCGGCGCUCGGGGCGUACCUGGGCUCUGUGUUCAGCGAUGACCUGGUCGUGGGUUUGGCAACGGCGAUAGCGGUGCUGGACGUCUUCUUCAUCCUGGUUGCCGUGCCGGAGUCCUUACCAGAGAAGCUCAGAUUAUCAUCAUCGUGGAGCGCACACAUCUCGUGGGAGCAGGCAGACCCCUUCUCGGCUUUGUGGAAAGUGAGCAAAGAUCGCAAUGUCCUUCUCAUCAGUGUGACAGUGCUCCUGUCUUACCUGCCCGAAGCUGGCCAGUACUCGUGUUUCUUUGUGUACCUCAGCCUGGUUAUGGAUUUCACUGCACCAAUGGUUGCAACAUUCAUUGCUGUGGUGGGCAUCCUCUCCGUUGUCGCACAGACCGCAUUGCUGAGUCUGCUCAUGAAGCAGUUGUCAAACAAACAUGUUAUUAUGGUGGGCCUCGUAUUUGAGAUGCUCCAGCUCAUGUGGUACGGCUUUGGCUCAAAGAUGUGGAUGAUGUGGGCAGCGGGUCUUCUAGCAGCUGUAUCUUCCAUCACCUACCCAGCCAUUAGUGCCUAUGUCAGCACUCAUUCUGAUGUUGAUAAGCAAGGAGUCGUGCAGGGGAUCAUUACUGGGAUGAGAGGCCUGUGCUCUGGUCUCGGCCCCGCAGUCUUCGGCUUUAUAUUCUAUCUCUUCCAAAUGGAUCUAAAUAUAGAGAAGACAGAAGGUGGAGAGCAGAGACCCAAUAGCUCAGCCUCUGGGAACGGCACCUCCCACCAUGGCACCAGUAGCCCAAAGCUGGUGCCUGGCCCACCAUUUGUCUUUGGUGCUCUAAUGGUUAUCUGUGCACUGCUGGUGGCUGCAUUCAUACCUGAAGAAAGAUCGUCAAAAAAUCGUAAACAAUCGGGGAGCAAUUUAGACAUAUACGAGAGGGGACACAAGAAGGACGAUGGAAUGGAUACAGCGUCGUUGCCAUUAAUGGACGAGACGGGAGUGCUCUAGCCCUUUUAGUACUUUAUGACAGUGGACAAAAAAUUACCUUGGUUGAAGUAGAUGAAGAAGUAGAGAAUGGACAUUGUGUAAAAUAGGAUUAUUUUGAAUGAUUUUGUUUGUCCCUUUCCUCCUAUUGUGAUUGACGAGUCAUGAUGCGAUGGUGCGAAUACAGUGGCUCUGUGGGGGUAUUUCUUGGGAGGCAUGUGACCUUGGCAUUCAUUUGUGGCGAUGCAGUGCUGGAUGAGAAAGUGCGCGGACAACAUUUCUGUCUUCGUAAUGUGUCUCUCAAGGUGACAGAUGAUAAAGACUUUGAUAAUUAGUUAUGAAUGAGAAACUAAAAAAAGGAAAGAUAGGAAAAAAAUGAAUGAAAAAAGUGCACACUUGCAGUGACUCCAUUUUUCUUAGAGUUUGAAGCAUUUGAAAUGACAAACCAGCAAGAAGAGAUAUAGUGAAAAAAAUAUAUAUAUACAUUGAACUUUUGUCUUUUAGAUUUAAAAAAACUCUCUCUGAUAACAAACAAUGUCACAAACAGAAGGGAUAAAAAAAGGAAUAGAACAGGUAACAGACACAUUUGGUGCUGGUGGACAGGAAAUGAUUGAUGGAAAAUCUCUUCUCUCGACUUUAUACAGUGUGUAAAGUGAUGACAGGAAUAGGUAUUUGUAUAAAUACUGGAAACCAGAUAGUGACUGAUUUUAAAUUCAAGAUUUUCUUUGUUGUGAAAUUUUUCUUUCUUUUCUUUUGCUCUCUUUCAAAAUUGAAGAUCUUUGACACAUAUCAGAAGUAUGAAUAGCAUGGUGUUUGCAUUUUCUUUGUCAUUUUCGAUCCCAUCUUCUUUUUUCUUCAUUUUUAUCUCGAGAAUAAAAAUCAAAAAGAUGAAAAUUCAUAUAGAUGUUAAAAAGGAUUUUUAAAGAACUAGAAAACGAACACCAAAAAAGCUCAUAGAUUCUUCAUUUUGGAAUGGUAUGUCAUUCGAGCAUGCAUACAGUAUUUUCCGAUGAUGGACCAAGGUCUUUAAGUUUGCUUGAUUCUACAGGCAUUUUAACUGGUGCUGUUUCAUGCUACUGCUAAUCUGAGACUGGUUGGGUUUGGGUAUGCCCCAAAGCAUGCCUUUUUGUGAUAAACUUU